CCAAUAAGAACAAUGACUACCAGUAGGCCUUAUUGAUGAUGAGCCCAGUUCUGAGUUAUCCCGAGUCCUGCCUGAUAAAGCAAGCAGUCCAAAGCAGGAGACGGCAGAACACCAGGUUGUCAGAUCCCUUCGCCUCUGAACCCUGAGUCGCCGAUCGAAACAAUCCGAUGGAGUCCGAAGCUGACAAGGCCGCCGCGCCGGCGCCGGCAGCGGCGGCGUCGGUAGCGGAGACGAGCGACGACGCGAUUCAAGAGGAGUCACCGGCACCGGCUCCCAGCGGGAAGCCUGGAUCGGAGGCGGCGGCCAAGCCGGAGGUCGAGGUGCAGCUGUUCCGGCGUGGGCGGGGGCCGGUGGCCGUGUUCCGGUCGCCGCUGGGCGGGUACACGCAGGACCAGCUGGAGGUGGGGGACAUCCUGGAGCAGCACGGCCUCAAGUCCGUCUUCGUCUUCCACCCCGCCUCCCGCACCCGCGGCGUCGCCAUCCGCUUCCACCCCCGCAACGGCCGCUCCCUCCUCACCUACGUCGCUGGUUCCACCAUCUUCCUCGACGGCGAGCCCAAGGAUUCUUUGCUGAAGCCCGUCACGAAGGUGAUGAUUGGUGUGGCAGCUAUGACAGCAGUUGCUGCAGUAUUGCUGAAGGAGGGCAAGAUGCCCGAGUGGCUUAAGGAAUCCAAGCUCGGCAAUCUGAACUUCCCACCAUGGGUACUGGCUUGCAUGGUCAUUGUGUUCAUGAGGCUCCGGAAGAGAACCAAGGAUGCCAUGAAAAAGUUUGGCUGGUCUUCAUGAGGUUCGUAAUGACAAAUGUGUGUUUUUGGCUGCUGCUUCAAAUUUGUUGCCAAUACUGGAGAUGUACCAAGCGGGUGACACGCUAAGUGAAGAACUAUUACACAAAAAACACUAGUUUUACCCUUUAUUUGCAUACUCGAUGCCGGAAACUCGAUAGAUUUUUACUUGUACUUAUGUUCAUGAAUAAAAAAUAGCAAAACAAUCCUUAUCAUAUCUCUUCCUGCUCGCUAAUUGGUUUAUCCAUUUUUCUGGAAGGCUUCCCAGGUACUCCCUCCGUCCCAUAAAAAACCAACCUAGAUGUGACACAUCCUAGUACUACAAAUCUGGACAUUCUAGAUUCAUUAUACUAGAAUAUGUCAAAUCCAGUACUAGAUUCGUUUUUUUUUUGGACGGAGGGAGUAUUCCUUAUAUGCUGGUAGAUUCAUAGUUCAUAUCCUGUAGCAAACAUGGAGUUUCAGUUUACAAAACAAUGAUCCUUGAUAUAUGCUAUUGAUGAUUUUUGCA